AUGAUAGCCGAGCAGUCCCGUCCCCGGUCCUACUCUCAGCAGAAUCCUCCUACCCUCACCCACUCUCACCCGCCCCCCCACCGCCCUCAGCCGCCCCGUCCAAGCUCUGCUGCGCUCCAGUCCUCCCUGCCCGGCUAUGGCCUCAUCCACCCCGCCGGCCUCAUCCCCCACUCGCUGAUGAUCCCCACUUUCUUCCUCCACGCCGGCGCCUCCUUCCCCGACCUGGCCCACCCGCCACUCGCGAUGUACUCCGGACCUCCCAAUCGCAGCCUCAACUCGUCAAGCCCCAUCCUGGGCCCCCCCUCGGCCCCCCCUCUCACCCGAUCAGCCCAUUCCGACCACUUCACCCCUGGCUCGGCCACAGCAUCCCGCUCGCUCUCCAACCCGGGCUCGACCAGCACCAGCACAUCCGCCGCACCCGCCCCAACAACCCUCGCGUCCAGCGCGCUCUGCAGCCAGAUCCACCAUUCGUCGCCCAGCCACCACCCGAUGUACGCCCCCCGCCCCUCGCCUGGAGCACACAGCGAUCCAGCCUCGUCUGCGUCUCCCUCGCCCUCCCCACGCAUCGCCAACGGCUCAAGUGGACUUCCCCUACCCAGACCGCGCACUCAAAGCACCCAAAGUGAUCGUUCCAGGCCAGUGUCCCAUCAUGGCCCCGCCCAAAAGUCCCUCAGCACCACCAACGCCCAUCGUUUGAGAACCGACAGUAACCACUCGACCACCUCGCACGGAUUCUCCAGCGGCCCGAGCGCAGCCCUCGUAAAACCUCUCGGCUCGCUCAACGAGCCCCAGUUCACUUUCAACCAUUCAUCUCCUCCCACUGCUCGCAGCGCGACUGCCACCACUAACUUAUCAUCUUCAUCCAUACCCCCCUCUGGUUCCAUCCAGGGUCGUCCCUCCUCACCCUCCACUCAUUCUUUCAGCUCGCCCAACCCCCCUGUUGGUAAUAACAUGGUCCGUCGAUCCAGUCCGCUGGCUCAGUCGAACCUCUCCCACCACCCCUCCACCCCUCAACCGGCCCCAGCAGAUCCAGCACCCCAGGUCGAGGAAGACUCAGACACGACUUCCGAUGUCGAUCAUCGUCCACCUGGUCACAGAUCCACCCCUGGCACUAGCGUCGACAGCUCGACAUCCAAUUUCACUCAGCCUGAAGACGCUUCCUCCGCCACCGGUUCCCCCGCCUUUCCUGACCGCACCCCUCACAAGCAUUCGAAACACAGUCUCAGCAACAAGCUCCGGCGCGCCCUCAGCAUCAACGCCCUACACGAAAACAUGAUUCACGAGUCGAUUCCUGAACUCGGCCCCGUCAUCGGCCACGAGAGACUGAAGAGCUCCUCAGCCUCGAUAGCUGGUGUACCCCUCAGUCCUAGCAUCACCACCAAGGUCAAGGCUGGCCGUCAGUCAGGUUCGAGUCGACGCUUUGGUUUCCUCAACUCCAAGUCCAACUCUUCGACCGAUAAUCUCUCCAUCUCGUCCACCGUCAGUUCGGCCAGUGUCAUGAUUCGCAAGCUGGGUAACCUCGGUAAAUCUGCUCGCACCAAAGGCGUCAUGGGUCUGACCAAAAUCUUCAGAGACAAGAGCGAAGCCGCCGCCGCGGGAGAGUCGACCCCAGACGACGGUAACGGCUUCAGUACCAAGCAAGACCGCUUCAAGAAGACCUCCUCCCCCAACCAGCAUAAGAACCUGGCUUCCACAUCAGUCGCACAAGUCCAGGCCGAAGUCGACCGAUCGCUCUCGGUCGAAUUUCCAGGAAUGACACCUGCAGCUGCGUUCAUCCACAAGCAGAAGCAACAUGUCCGAUCCAAAGGCCGGGCUGGCUCGAUUGGAAGCGCUAGCUCGAUGACCCCGGGGAGCGCCUCGGAGGCGCGGAAGAAGAUGAUCGAGAAGGAGAAGGAGAAAAUCAAAAGUAAAAAAUCGAGGAAGUGGGGCUUUGCGGGUCUUGGCGGUAGCGGGACUUCCUCGGAAGACCUCCCGGUCUCGCCGUCAGUCGAGGAUCUCCGUCGGCCUGCGGAGCACCAGCAUGCGUCUGACGUCGAGGAUAACGAGGACUGGGACGAGAACACCGUCCGGGGCGCUAACAUUGAGGGCUUGAUCGACUCCUGCAUCGGCAAUCCUCUCAAGUCUGUCGAAGAAUUGCGCGGCGACGACGACGAUCCCGAAGCGCUGGACGAAUACGACAUGGAGUCCCUCUUCGGAAACGCCCCCUCUACCGAAGGCUCUUCGUCCCGUCGCGCUGGCUUGAGACCCCGUCCUUCCAAGGAAGCCGUGCCCAAGAAAGGCAUCUUGAAAAACGCGCAAAACUUCUCGCAAGAGCAGCACCUGUCUCCGGGCUCGUUCCAAUCGAAGCCGAUCAGUGCGGCCACGACGCCGGACUCGCCCCAGCCGCGGGCGCUCGCGGAGGACCCGGCGACGGCGGCGACGGGGGGGCUGCUGCCCCAGCUGGGCAAGCCGGGCCAGGGCGUCGGCGCGGCGAUUGACUUCGGCAGCGCCGGGCCCAACCUCAGUCUGGCCAUCGCGGGCACAGAGGUCUCCAAGGACCGCCGAGCCACGUUCGCUCAGCAUCUCUCCGUCCACACUACUUGGCCGCCCGCUAUCUACGACCGUCGGGGCGAACUGGCCACCUGUAACAGGCUCACUCCCACCCUUGCUCAGCGCAUCAAGGAGGAAAUCAACGCUUUCAAAAUGGAAGAAAUGGAAGUCCAUUACGCUUCCAGGGUCCACACCCACUUCUUCGUCUGA